AUGCCAGUGUCCGGACAGGAACUCCUUGAAGAGUCGAUAACUAACUGCCAGCAGAUAGCCGACGGUCUCGGUACGGUGAACGAUACCUGGGAGAUCUCGAUAGUAGAAAUACUGGAGAAGUUCGACGAGAUCAGCGACACAUUCUUCUUCAAGACGAUGCCGAGCGUACCGGCAGCCCGCGCCGUCGUGCGCGAGUCGGAAUCAGCUCUUGCACUGCGUCAGUCCGAGGAUUGGGACAGCUUCGGCACGGCGAUAGAGACGCUCAUCUCGUCGUCGCAGAACCUGAUCGAGAAGGCAGGCAUGAAGGGAGUGACGCUCACAUGA